AUGUAUUUAAUCAGUAAAUAUCAUUUACCUCUUGGUAAGUUGUAAUAAGUAAUUUUUCUCGUUGCGAUGCGGGGCACGAUAUUUCUUCUGUCCUUACGCGUUUCAUUUUUUUUCUGUUCUUUGCGAACCUUGGAGUGAGCAAUGUGCCAUUGCAGCCGCAAUUUCGUGCUUUCCUAUCCUCCAAGAUAGGCAUCGCUUCUCGGCCUUUUCGGCUAAGAUCAAAGUGUAGUAUCUGUUCUCGUCGGUUUGAAAGCCGGCGCUGGUCCCAUUGGGGCCAGGCUCUUUCAAGCGGAUUUUUGGACAUCGGCCAGGAUCACCCGGGUUCACUCGGACCUGUGCCACGGAUCGUCUCGACACUGCAGUGCCGUCGAGUUCGGUCCACUCCCGUCUCCUUCGGGAAACGGGA